AUGCAGCAAACUCCUUUAAGGGGUAGAAAAAGUCUAUUCGAUUAUUUACUACAAAGUAGAAGUUUGAGUUCUAAGUAGAAGUCAAGACAUCUUAGUGGAAUCUAUAUUGAAGGAAGCAGAGCACCUAUUGAUUAAAGAAUUCAAAAAACAAGGCCAAAUAAACUUUAAAUUAAAACUGAAUAUAUGGAUUAUUUUGUUUUUCAGACUAAUGAAAAUAUAAUCAUGCCUUAAACUAAAAUAUGUUCAUAAAGAUAACCUGCUAUUUAUAAUUUACAAUUCACAAUUAAUAAAAAACAAUCUAAAUUGCAAAUUAUUAACAGAAAACCAAGUAAAUCAUUUUAUACAAUUCAAAUAUAUUCCAAAUCUUAAGAAAAAUCUGAAAGUAGAUAAUUCAAGUGA